UUGAUUCUGCACCUGAGUAUAAACAUUUAAAUGAAGCGUGUACAGCAUAAUGUUAACCCAAAGCGGUUACCAAGGCUGGGUACACUGUCAAUGGAUUAGUGAAUACUUGUCGGCUCAAUUGUAUAUUCAAUCGUGUAAGAUAUAGCUCGAGAAUAGAUGCUCAAAAAGUUAAAUAGACCCGCUGUCAACGCACUCUAUGCAGCCCUAUGUUUGCUGAUGUGUGUGGUGAAUGUCCCGAGGGUUCGAACCGACACUGUAUCUAAAGUAAAGGACGCUGUUAAAGGAUGUGCUAAAGAAAAAUGGGCUGGUCCCGCUAAAGGAUUUGGUUGCCCUUUACGGAAGAUCCACCAACGAGGUCAACCCACCGCUGCUGAUGCUGCCGCUGACAGGGACUUGUCAACCAUGAUGGCCUCUGUGCGCAAAAUGCGUAAAGAAGGAAGUAGUGUGGCUGAGAUUGAAAAUGACACCGUGGUGGCGGAAUUCCAGCGUCUUCUGAAAAAUCUUCCUUUAUGUCCGAAAUCGCCGGUCCGAUGCAAUCCUCGUGAAACGUUUCGGUCUAUUAAUGGAACGUGCAACAAUCUGAAGAACCCCACGUGGGGAAUGUCAGGGGCAGCCGAGCGUCGUCUACUUCCGGCAGCAUAUGAUGACGGUCUGAACCUCCCUCGUUCAAGUGGUAUUGAUGGAAAACCUCUGCCGUUCGCACGAACGGUCAGCAACGCAGUCCAUAGGGGUCCGCAGCAGCUGAAGUCGCCAAAACUUACCUUGCAGGCAUUCCAGUUUGGUCAGUUCGUCGACCACGACAUAAUAUUAACCCCACUGAGCAAGGCUGUCGACGAUUGCUGUGCCGAAAAUGACGAUCAAGACAAUUGUUUCAACAUCAACUUCGCUGAAGAUGAUCCUUUUGUGCCACGGUUCAAGGCCGGAUACUGCAUGGAGGUCCCGAGGUCAGCUGGGAUCCUUUGCAAGUCAUCAGCCGGUGGAAUAUUGCAACGUCAGCAGACAAAUGAUCUAACGUCAUUCGUCGACGCUUCAAACGUCUACGGUUCGUCGGAAGCGCGUCUGGCGUUAUUGCGAGAGGGAACUACACCGUUUAUGAAGGUCUCACAGGGUGCAGAUGGACCCCGCCUUCCUGACGGUCCUGAUAACGUGUGCCGUUCAGACGCGGCUAAUGGUAUACGUUGCAGUAUUGCUGGUGACGUACGAGUCAACGAAAUUCCGUCUCUUAUUUCAUACCACAAUGUGUUUGUACUCGAACACAAUCGUCUGGCGAAUGGAAUAAGGCAAUAUUUUCCGGAUGACGAGGAAGCAUUCCAGCAGACGAGAAAACUCCUGAUCGGAAUCAUGCAGAAGAUUGUUUACGAUGAAUUUCUCCCUGCUUUCCUUUCACCGUCAGCGAUGACGAAAAAUAAACUUGCCAGUUCAAACAGAUACAAAUACAAUUCGAAGCUUGAUCCUACAGCUGCCAACGUUUUUGGAAUAGCGUUCCGUAUGGGCCACACUUGGAUUCCUACGUUUAUGUCGGUGUUCACGAAGAACUUCAAGCCGUUCCGCGAGACACUUCUCAACCUGACCUUCGGUGAUCCCAACAUGACCUACAUACAGUCUGUGAACGGAGGUCAAUCAGGGAUGAAGGGGCUGUCCUACGCGCUGUCUGCCCUCAAAUCACAGAACACUGACAGAAUCAUCGAAGACACUGUCCGCAACAAUCUAUUUGUCAACACGUUGGCCGAUACUUCCUUCGAUCUGGCAUCCCUGAAUAUCCAGAGGGGUCGCGACCACGGUCUACCCUCCUACAACGAGUUCCGGAAAUGGUGCGGACUGUCGUCAGUGAGUUCCUGGAAAACCUCCUCACCAGGAGGCCUUGUUGAUCACACCCUUGAGACAAUCAAUCUUCUAAAGGCUGCUGGUUACAGUUCGCCCCAAGACAUAGACUUUUUCCCCGGAGCCCUGAGCGAAAAGCCCGUCUCUGGUGGAACCUUGGGUCCGACCAUGGAGUGUAUUAUAGGAGACCAGUUCCGGAGACUCAAGUUCGGAGAUAGAUUCUUCUAUCAGAACAAGAAGACUGGCUUUAACAAAGCACAACAGGCCGCCAUUCAAAAAUACAGCCUGGCCUCCCUGCUGUGUCAGAACUACAACUUCGACAAGAUUAAUUUUCCAAACGUCUUCAAACAAGCUGACCCACUCAGGAGCUGCCAGCAAAUCACCGAUAUUGACGUGAAUUCGUUCUGUGUGUCGUCCGCAGACGGGUCUCGUAUACCCAAUAACGGCACAAACGUCGCAGAAGAAGAAGACGUCUCCCCAGACUCAGAUGGCUCAGCAGACUCAGACGAUGAAAAUGCCAAAUAGUAAUGCACAAUGCAACCACUGUGAAAAUAAUUGAGAAACUAUAGGCAUAACAUCAGUUAUGACAUUGCGCAUGGGUGGUUAUUUAUUUAAAUUUUUUCUAAACAAUGUUUCAAUAGAAAAAUGUUUGUUUUUUUUUUAAAUUAAGAAGAACUUGUUAUAAAUGUGUAAAUUUAGACAUGUUUAAUAACAUAAUGAUUAUUUUCGUAAAACAUAUCGACACUGCAUGCAGAAAUAAAUAAAAGGAUACAAGCAUGUGCAUUUGUUCCAUCAU